AGUGCGGCAAAAUGGUAGUGAUUCCGAAGAUAACACUGAAUAAUGGAACCCAAAUGCCGGUUUUGGGCCUUGGAACGUAUCUGGGUAAAUCGGAGGAUAUUUACAAUGCGGUGAAAUACGCUAUAGAAAUAGGAUAUCGUCACAUUGAUACUGCUUUUUAUUAUCAAAAUGAAGCCGACGUAGGUAGAGCCAUUAGAGAGAAAAUUGAUCAAGGCUUGGUGAAACGAGAAGAUAUCUUCUUGGUUACAAAGUUGUCACCAAUUCAUAACGAACCAUCAAAAGUUGAGUAUGCAUGCCAGAAGUCCUUGGAGAAUUUAGGACUAGAUUACAUUGAUUUAUACCUGAUCCAUUUCCCCGCUGGUCUCGAUUAUUAUGAUGAUAAAGUACAGGGACCACUAAACGAGAAGGCCAAUGUGAGAUUCAACGAUGCAGACUAUGUGGACACAUGGAGAGAAAUGGAGAAAUUGGUUAAAAAAGGUUUAGUGAAGAGUAUUGGAAUUUCAAAUUUUAAUAGUGAGCAGACGCAACGAAUUCUGGAUAUCUGUAAAAUUAAACCAGUUGUAAAUCAAGUGGAAUGCCAUGUCGAACUGAACCAAAAGAAGCUUAUAGAGUUCAGCAAACAACGUGAUAUAGUCAUAACUGCCUACUGCCCAUUGGGACGUCCAAAUCCCGCUGAGAAAAAGCCUGCAUUCCUUUACGACGAUAGGUUUAUCGCCAUUUCCCAAAAAUACAAGAAAACUCCAGCACAAAUUGCAUUGAAAUAUUUGAUACAAAUUGGUGCGGUACCAAUCCCCAAAUCAACAACUAACACGCGAAUUGCAGAAAAUAUAGAUUUGUUCGAUUUUGAAUUGCCUAAAGAUGAUAUGAGUAUAUUGGAUACUUUCAACACAGGAGAUAGGAUCUGCAAGUUCGAAUUGUGGGCAAACCAUCAAUAUUAUCCAUUUUCUAUUGAGUUUUGAAUGAAUGAAUAAGAUAUUUAAUAAAUGUUUAGUGGUUUUCAAAU